CCGCGCAGCUCGCACCGCGGUCCCCUUAUUUGGAUCUGCGGGAAUGUGGGCUGGAGCGGUCCUGCCGCGGUACCAGCCUCCAGCCUGUCGCCGGGACUGCCCCUGACCCAGGCGCGCCCGCUGCUCGGUGGCAGAAGGGCCGGCGGAGCGCCAUGGCCUGCAUCCUGAAGAGAAAGUCUGUGAUCGCAGUGAGCUUCAUAGCAGCGUUCCUCUUCCUGCUGGUUGUGCGCCUGGUAAAUGAAGUGAAUUUCCCACUGUUGCUAAACUGCUUCAGACAGCCUGGCACAAAAUGGAUCCCAUUCUCCUACACAUAUAUGCGGCCCCUUCGAACUCACUAUGGAUACAUAAAUGUGAGGACACAAGAGCCUUUGCAACUGGACUGUGACCUUUGCGCCAUAGUGUCAAACUCAGGUCAGAUGGUUGGCCAGAAGGUGGGGAAUGAGAUAGAUCAGUCAUCCUGCAUUUGGAGAAUGAACAACGCCCCCACCAAGGGCUAUGAAGAAGAUGUGGGCCGCAUGACAAUGAUUCGGGUUGUGUCCCAUACCAGCGUUCCUCUUUUGCUAAAAAACCCUGAUUAUUUUUUCAAGGAAGCAAAUGCUACUAUUUAUGUUAUUUGGGGCCCUUUCCGCAAUAUGAGGAAAGACGGCAAUGGCAUCGUUUACAACAUGCUGAAAAAGACUGUUGACAUCUACCCAAAUGCCCAAAUUUACGUGACCACUGAGAAGCGCAUGAGUUACUGCGAUGGCAUUUUUAAGAAGGAGACUGGGAAAGACAGAGUCCAGUCUGGCUCUUAUCUCAGCACGGGAUGGUUUACCUUCAUUCUGGCCAUGGAUGCCUGUUAUGGCAUUCACGUCUACGGGAUGAUAAAUGACACCUACUGCAAGACAGAAGGAUAUAGAAAAGUCCCUUAUCAUUACUAUGAACAAGGAAGAGACGAGUGUGAUGAAUAUUUUCUUCAUGAGCAUGCACCAUAUGGGGGGCAUAGGUUUAUCACUGAAAAGAAAGUGUUUGCUAAAUGGGCCAAGAAUCACAGGAUAAUAUUCACACACCCAAACUGGACAGUGUCUUGAUGUUAGUUUUUUCUGAUCUUGCCACAACACUUGACAUGAUCAUAAUACCACAACUGUGAUGCUAAUGAUGCUGAUGAUGGCGAUGGAAAAGACAACAGUGAUGAUCAAGUUUCUGUACAUUCUCCGAAACGGAUGGUGGCUCUGCCAGUAAUUUGAACUUGGGAUUUCAUGGAGGGUGGAUGUGCUCUUUACAUUCUUUCUGAAGGUUCAACAUUACAUACUGCACUUUAUAAUUUAACUGGAAUUAAAAUGAAGGCCAGUAACAAGACAGCAGUGACCUAAGAAAUGGGAAGAUUACCCUUCAGGAUAGCUGCUCAGAAUUCUUAAACAGUGACUAACUUUCAAAAGCCAUGGGAUUUGGCCUCGUGAGGCAAGGUUGACUCUCCAGUCUCUUGAACUUGAGCAGCUCUACCAUCUUGAAGAAUGGUUGAUUGUCAAACACUGAUCCAAGAAAUGCUGUCUGGGCACAAGUACUGUACCACAGUUACUUGUUAGCCCAGAAGCGGGGAAGGAAUUUCUUCCUGACAGAACAUGGUCCUAGAGUACCUCCCUCAGCUAAAGCCUCAGGCCAUUUCCUAAUGAACAAAGAAGAUACCAUGGACACCCUGCCCAUCAGGAUCCUUCAACAGUUCAAACACUUAAUUCAAAAUGGGCCAACUAGCAAAUCUUGAUGAAUUUUCAGUCUCACCACUCCAUUCUCACUACCCCAAACAAUAUAAGUAAACAUGUCACUAGAGUGAUCUCGAUUAUUGCUUAUUUUUGGUUGAGUCCUAAAUAUUUUAGAAAGCUAUUUAACACGUAAGAUACCAACACUGUAAUAACAUAUACUGUGAAAGCAUUCUUAAAACAUAACCAAAAGGGUUUGCUAAUUCUGCUUCAACAUCCAACAACACAAAAAUAUAUGCUUUUAAAAUCAUGAAACAAGAAAAGCAAAGCAUAUUUUUACAUCAAUUUGUAUCCUACCAUACUUCAUAAUAUAUAUUUAUAUAUUCAAAUUUCUACUUUAUAGGCUCAGAUGCAUCUCUCCAUCCAUUACAUUAUUGUUGCCAAGUGCUAACUGUUAGACAUGGAGAGGAAAUGAUUCCUGGUAUUAAAUCUGACCAGAGCUUUUGCCUUCUUGGGGUUUAUUAUCCCCACAGUGUUAUCAGUUGUUAUACCAUAAUAACAACACUAAUAAUGACCUUAAUAUCCAAAGUGCUUUGUAAUUUAAAGUCCUUAUACAUAUGCUGUCCUAUGUGAUGCCACCCCCCUGGGCUAUUCUCUGCACAUUCUGACAUCUCCUUAGCAGAUGAUCUGUAAUUUGUUCAUUGCUUUGAUAUAUUCCAGAUCUUUGCCUCUGCUAAUAUUUGUAUAGAAUAGCAUUUAUGUAGACUAGUAACCAAUUGAUUUCAGUGCCAAAUACAACAUAUUAUAUGAGGAUUAUGCAGAAAAUAUCACAAGGAUCGUCCUGGCCAUAGACUAGGACUCCUGUGAGCAUAACUACUUUUGAAUUUU